AUGGCUCGUCACUUUGUCGCCCUCCUCGCGGCCUUUGGUGCCCUCGGCGCUAAUGCUGCCGUCUGCCGGCCCUCUAGCUUGACGACCGUAGCCACCACUACCACAGAGGCAUCUUCAACCGUCAGCGUGGGAUCCUCCACGGUUACCGAGUCCUCCACCGUCAGCAUCGAGUCCUCCACAACCAUCACCGAGGCUUCUACCUCCACCCAGGAGUCUUCAACCAUCGCCAGCACCACCGCCACAACCUCUUCCGCUGAAGUCUGUGUCGAAACACAGAUCCUUGUCAACCCCAGCUUCGACGACAAUGACAACGGCACCCCUUGGAUCUUUGGCGAUGGAACCCAAUUCUCCAGCGACCUGUCCCGUUCCCAGCCCUACGGCGUCCUUGCAUCUUUGACCCAGGCCGCCAGCACAAGGCAGUUCCGCCAGACCAUCCCCAGGGUCAGCCCUCACAACUACCGGCUCCAGUACUACUUGAUCAACUACAGCGCCGUCAGCGCGCCCUCUUUUGCCUGCUAUGUUACCCCAAGCAUCAACGGUCAGGAGCUCGCCCAGGGCACACAGGUCGGCACCUCGGGCCAAAUCGGCUGGAACCAGGGAGAAGCCUUCUGGAGCACGCCCAGCGAAACCGAAGAUGCUAUCGACGUCGAUGUAGUGUUCAAUGUCAGCUGCGAGGGCUCCUUCUCUGUUGUCCUUGUUGUCUUGGAUGACACCAGCCUCACACGCGUGUGCAGCGCCCAGGACUGAACAAGACCUGCUCCUGAUAGGUAACCAGGGUGGAGGGGU